AUGGCAAACACACAAUACAAAACUGAUGAACUCUUGUCUGAGAUAGCUGAACUUAGGAAGAAGUUUGCUGAGAUCGAGGGCAAGAAUGCUGAACUUGAGGUUGAGAACGCGAAGCUGAGGCAGGUUAUUGAUAAGAAUAGUAAAUGUGAUGCUAGAGUUGGGGAACUAGAGCAAAAGAAUAUAGAGCUUGAGAAUAGACUCGCUAUAUUAGAACAGGGAGAAAAAAGUAUUUCUACGGAUGUUUCGCACUCUCCAGUAAAUUUUAACGAUACUCAUGAACAGAUAAUCUCACGUAAUGAGGAGUCUAACACAUAUAGCCACUCUGUGACUGUCUCCGACAAUUCUGAUAUAUGUCAGAAUCCAGUAAUUCCCGCAGAAAUCAUAUCAUUGGAAGAGAAGGAAGAAAAUGUAUUCCUGAAUUCAAAAUAUAGGGAAACAGUUAGAAAAGAGAUUAUUCAGAAUAUUAAAAAAAAGAAACUUCAGGAUCAAGAAUCACUUACAACACUUUCUGAAGAGGAAAGACCUCAAGACCUCAACUCGGAUGCUCAGUCACGCAAUAGCACAUCAUCCGAAGCAUCGGCUAAUUCAGAUGGUAGUAAAUUACCUCCAAAAGGCAAAAUAUAUAGCGAAGUGAAUUCAAAGUGUAAGAAAAAAAAGUUACCUCUAGUAACAGAUUCUAACUUGGAAUCAUCUGAUGAUGAGAAAUCCUACGAUGGAGAUACUAAUAAUAAUGGCGAUAUUGACGUGAAUCAGCUUCCAGUUGAGAAUUUCUUUGAUGAUGACUCCCAAAGUGAGGAUGCUAACGCAACUAGGGAUAAUAAAAAUGAUGACAAAUUCUACGAUAACAACGAAGAGGAAGAUGAUGAUGAAGAAUAUUGUAGUUUCUCUGACGAUGAUGAAGGAUAUUAUUAUGAUUUAAGUACCG